AUGGCAACUACUAGUGAUUUUUGUGCGGAGUGUGACAUGGGGUAUGGGCACUUCUGGGAAAAGUACGGCACCCAGCCUUCCCUCUUGCUCGAUCUUUGCCGUACACAUGGCCUCAUUUUGGAGGCCAUGAAAUGUCCAAAAUGCGACGGCGAAUGCCGUCGCGAUGAUAAUUUAAAUUCAUUUAGCAAGCUCGAUUUUGAAACUAAUUUAAAAUUUGUAAAUUUGUAUCUGCGAGAGAGGUUUUCUUACGCAUCUGCACGGAGCGAGUUUAAUUUCCCAAACCGGACUAUUUGCGAUUGGGCGAGCUUCUGCCGGGAGGUUUUAAUUUUCUGGUGUUUUGAAAAUCAAUCCGACAAAAUUGGUGGGUCAGGGGAAAUUGUCGAGAUUGAUGAAUCUAAAUUUGGUAAACGAAAGUAUAACGUAGGUCGUGUCAUAGAAGGUCAGUGGGUUUUUGGAGGAGUAUGCCGCAAGAGUAGGGAUUUUUUCCUCGUUGCCGUGGAGACGCGUGACUCUCUCACUUUGCUUAACGUCAUUAAGGAGCGUAUCCACCCAGGGACAACGGUCAUUAGUGAUUGUUGGAAGGCAUACAACUGUUUGGAGAAAGAGGGCUAUCAACAUUUAACUGUGAAUCAUUCAUAUAAUUUUGUUGACCCCAAAAGUAAAGCGCACACAAACACGAUCGAGCGGAAAUGGAGGGAAGCGAAGAUCAAAGUGCCCCGCUUCGGCAGGAGGACAUACCACUUCGCCGGGUACUUGGCUAAGGCCAUAUUUCAAAUGAAGUAUCCGGCGAAGAACAAAAGAUUCCAUCAGUUCCUCCUUGCCGCAGCUCGCCUGUACCCUCCGCACUGACGGUAUGUGUUAAAUGUAUUGAUAAUGUGAUUUGGUUAUUAUUAGACAUCGUGCUAAUAAGGGGUGUGUUAAAUUAUUUUGGGCAAUCCUAAUUAAGGCAGCCGCGGAAAGUGUAUUUGAAUUAUUUAAUAAUGUUCGUACAUGCCGGGGAAUUUAAUAUUUUGUGGGGACCUCACUGGCCGUGCUUUAAUUCAAAAUCAAAGGUUGCCUUUCUACAAAUCUCGAUGUCUGCGAGAUUUCUGAAAACUACGGCGAAAUACCCCCACGGAGAUAUCGGCA